AUGCCCGGGGCCGGCCGAGCCGCGGGCGUGCGCCGCCUCCGCCCGCAGCCCUCCGAGGAGCCGCCCGCGCAGGAGGACCUCCUCCUGGCAGCUGCCUAUGUUUCUGAUGCCCAGUACAACAGAAAUGUUCCCUUUGAAACAUCUCCUCGGGCCAUCAGACUUUACUAUUUUUAUAACCACUGGACAAUGCAAGUAGCCAUCUACUUCUUUAUUUGUGUCGACCUUUCCCUCGCCCUGUUUGAAGAACCUGCGCUGUUUCCACUGCCUUUCUUGGCUACCUCGAUAGCAGAAGUACUCUGUCUGACUGCAUUCUUUGGGAGACUUGUACAUUUUGCGAAAGUCACUCCUCAGAUGGUUUUCUGGAAGGAUAUGAAAAACAUCUGCAUCAUGGUAACCAUAGUGCUGACCUUGAUUGAUUUGAUUAUCUAUGGUUCCCUGGAAGCUGUUAAUAUCCACAGCGUUCGAUGGUCAAGGGCCUUAAGGCCAGUCUUCCUAAUUAACUUCCCUGAAAGUCGUCAGAUCCGAAGAACUUUCAGAAGCAUCCGGAACACUCUGCCCGAUAUCCUCUACGUCUUCCUCUUGUUCAUGUUCAGUGUGCUGAUAUUCUCCCUUAUGGCCUUGAAGCUUUUUGGGGAUCGGGGUCUUCAAACAGUGGAAGGCUUGCCCUACUUCACAAAUAUCCUGGAGAUAGCGUUUGAACUCUACGUGCUGGUCACUACCGCGAACAGCCCUGAUGUCAUGAUGCCUGCCUAUAACUUCAAUUGGUGGUAUUCUCUGUACUUCAUAACCUACAUCAUCAUCAAUACCUACAUCUUCAUGUCCGUCUUUCUGGCCGUGGUCUACAACAAUUAUAGGAAACACUUAAAGAACGAGAUUCGCAAACUGGCGUACCUGAAACGUCACAAAAUGAUAGAGGCUUUCAACAUUCUGAAGGUCAAGGUGGGCACAGAGUUUGUGGUGACGGAGGCCCGGUGGAAGCGGCUGGCCAGGAUCGUGAUGCCACACAUCAGCAGUCCCCACCUGGAGCUCCUUUUGAGGAUCUCCGACGAGGGACAGAAGGGCCACGUGGACAAAAUGAACUUUCUACGCUUGGCUGACCUCCUCAACAUUCAGGUGGUCACCAUCAACAUCAAGAGACACCCGCUGGAGGAGUGGAUGCCCCGGGUAUACCAGUCGUCUGCAAGCCUCUUGGUCCAGAGGAUGGUUCGGCACAGGAUUUUUGUCUGGGUUUAUGAUGUCAUCAUUCUAAUAAAUGCCAUAUUCAUCGCUCUGGAUGAGAAAAACCCCUUCAUUUCCUAUGCAGAGUGGCUUUUCCUUUCUCUCUAUAUUAUUGAAAUUCUCCUGAAACUGUACACAUACGAGCCCAGAGCCUAUUUUGGCAAGAAACAGUUCUGGAACUGGUUUGACACGCUGAUCAUCAUGGCGGCCCUGGUGGCCACCGUGGCCAACACCACCAUUCAGUCAGCAAGAAAAUACAACAGUCAGCAGAUACUGGAUAUCGUCUUGAUAUUGAGGAUCCUCCGGCUCUUACGGAUCAUUGUCAGCAUUCAGAGAUUCCGGCUUAUCGUGACCACCUUAAUUAACAUCGGUCCCACGAUACUGACGUUCGGUGGACUCGUCUUGGUGGUCUACUACGUGUUUGCCAUCAUCGGGAUGGAGGCAUUCCACGGCAAAAUCCGGUUCUUCGACCCAAAUUUCACCACCCCCGAUGCUCUGGUGUGUGGGAACCCAGCCUUGAAAGACUCAGCGUUUGCCCGAGACAGGUACUGCAAGAAUAACUUCAAUGACCUGGCCUCCUCGCUCAUCGUGCUGAUGGAGCUCACGGUGGUUAACCAGUGGCAUAUCCUCGCAGGCGGCUUUGCCCUCGUGACUCACCAGGCAGCAAAGCUGUACUUCCUCAGCUUCCAUGUUGUGGUCGUCAUUCUCAUCGUCAAUAUUUUCAUAGCGUUCAUCUUGGAGGCAUUUUUUGUGGCAUACUCCUUAGAAAAAAGUGAAAUUGAAACUGCCAUCGAGAAGAAGAUUCAAGAGCUUGGAGUGGGAAUCCAAGAAGAAGAAAUGCAGGAUGGGAAGCUCGUUGAUAACAUGGACGCCAAGGACAGUGGCUUUAGUGGGGAUGAUGGAGACAACAAAAGGAAGUCCUUGAAAGGAUUGUACUUCAGAAUUGCAUCAAAAAAGUACAGGACCGUGGACGCCCUGCUGCAGCAGAUGUUCGAGUCCGAAAUUGCUCCAGAGGAUGAAGGCCCUUCCUUGGAUGAGAUUCUGAACUUCUCGCCCGGUGACAUAUAUCCCAAGAAUCCCAAUUUUGAAAACAGUGCGUGAUUCUGGCCUGGAAGGGUCCACACCUGGAAACCAGGCUAAGCUGCCAUCACGUCUUGCGCAUGCUUUCUGGAGGUGGUUUUCCCAGCCCGAGUUGUCUCUGUGCCCUGACCAGCCUGUGCUUUGGCCGCACGGGCCCGGAGUGGUCGGUGGAGAGACGUGGAGA